AAAUAAGUAGCUCAUUUUGAGCGCUCAUAAUUUUUUUGUUUUAGUUUUAGAGAAGAAGAAGAAGAGGACCAACUUAUGGGACGACUUUCUAAUGCGUGACGCCGCGCAUGAGAAUAGCUCAUAGCUCGAUUGAGGCCAAACGUUGAAAUCGCACAGACACCGAAAUCGUUAGAAUUCCUCACGAGCGGAUCGAUCACGCCUCCGGUUGUGUGCAUGAUGCAUAUUUGAUGCUGGGUGGGAGAGGAGGCGUCAUUCCGACAAUCCGAGCUGGCGGAGAGACGCUCGCUCUCACUGUCUUCGCUACUCCUCCUCCUUCUCGGGAUUUUCUAUUUUAUUUAUUAUUUUUUUUUGUUGCGAAAUCGGGAGGCACGAACCGUUCUUUCAGUGGGAUGUAGCACUUGAUGCAGCCUGCCACAGUGAAGAGGUGCAGCCGCGCGGAUGCCAGGGUUCCGUGUCCCGCUGGGGUCUUAACCGCGAUCUGUGACGCGUCGCUCUCGUGGUAGUAUUUAGUUUUUUUUUAUUAUUUCUUUUUUUUUCCUGAAUGAUUUUUUUUUUUAUGAUUGCGUUUACUGGGAUUACGCAGGUGCAUAAUUAAUUCCGUAAGCCGUUUCUAUGCGUCAGCGUGACAGCAGCGCAGUUGAGGAUUCAGCUCCGUGUGGAACAACCGCGCGCUUUUGUGCAUUUAUUGGAUGCGCGCUUGUGCGUUGCUUUCCCGAACACGCCGUGGUGGAAAAAACAAAAAAGGUACCGAAAGCUGCUUUGUAUUCGAGAAGAGUGGAGAUCUGGUGAGAGAAUGGUGAUGUGAACAAGCAACAAGCGACGCGGUGAGAUGCUGAGAGGCUGUUCGCGCGCACAUUCCGCGUGAGCGACGCCUCCGUCCGUUUGCGCGCCGAAAUUCUUAAAAACAGCCCUUUCUUUAAACAUGGAAAUGCCUGUGAUGCCUAUGACUUCGACGCGUUUUAACUUCCCUGGCACGAAAGUCGUUUCAUAAGUACGUUUGUGCGUUCUUUUUUUUUCUUUCAACCUAAAACCGAAGUUGAGAGGGAGAUCAUGAGCGGGCGUUACUUUCCCUGGAAAAUGUUGUGGAUGAUGAGCGCCCUGACGGAACUGGCGCUGUCCCAGGAAACCUACGCGCCGCACUCGAUCCGACUCGAGGGAGACCUGACCCUUGGCGGCCUCUUCCCGGUGCACGCGCGCGGAGUUGCCGGCGAACCGUGCGGCGACGUCAAGAAGGAGAACGGCAUCCACCGCCUUGAGGCCAUGCUCUACGCGCUGGACCAGAUCAACAGCGAUGAAGAGCUGCUGCCCAACAUCACGCUGGGCGCGCGCGUUUUGGACACGUGCUCGCGCGACACCUACGCGCUGGAGCAGUCGCUGACGUUCGUGCAGGCCCUCGUACAAAAGGACACGUCGGACGUCCGGUGCACGAACGGCGAGCCGCCGGUGUUCGUCAAGCCUGAGAAAGUGGUCGGGGUCAUCGGAGCUUCAGCGAGCUCCGUGUCCAUCAUGGUGGCCAACAUACUGCGCCUUUUCCAGAUUCCUCAGAUCAGCUAUGCCUCCACAGCUCCAGAGUUGAGUGAUGAUCGCCGCUAUGACUUCUUCUCACGUGUGGUUCCACCAGACUCGUUCCAGGCCCAGGCCAUGGUGGACAUUGUGAAGGCUAUGGGAUGGAAUUAUGUCUCGACUAUAGCCUCAGAAGGCAGCUAUGGAGAGAAGGGAGUUGAGGCCUUCAUGCAGAUCUCACGAGAAGCCGGUGGAAUAUGCAUCGCCCAGUCCCUGAAAAUUCCACACGACCGUAAACAAGCUGAUUUCGACAAGAUUAUUCGGAUGCUUCUUGAGACCCGUCAGGCACGAGCAGUGAUUAUGUUUGCUUAUGAUGAAGACAUUCGGGAGAUUCUUAAUGCCAGUAAAAGGGCUGACCAAGUGGGGCACUUCUUGUGGAUUGGGUCCGACAGCUGGGGGGCGAAGAACAGCCCGAUUCAUGGCCUGGAGGACGCAGCAGUAGGAGCCAUCACCAUCCUACCGAAACGAGCCACUAUAGCUGGGUUUGACACCUACUUUACAUCCCGUACGCUGGAGAACAACAGAAGGAAUGUGUGGUUUGCAGAGUACUGGGAAGAGAACUUCAACUGCAAGCUCAUGAGCUCCUCCAAGAAAGAAGACACCAGUAGAAAGUGCACAGGGCAGGAACGGAUAGGGAUCGACUCCAAGUACGAGCAGGAGGGGAAGGUGCAGUUUGUAAUCGAUGCGGUGUACGCCAUGGCACAUGCGCUACACAACAUGCACAAAGAUUUGUGUCCUGAGCAGUCGGGCGUCUGCUCUGAGAUGGAAGCUGCCGGUGGCAAGAAGCUACUCAAAUACAUCCGCAACAUCAACUUCAACGGAAGUGCUGGAACUUCUGUGACCUUCAACCAGAACGGAGACGCACCAGGCCGCUAUGAUCUCUUUCAAUACCAGAUCAACAAUAACAGCUCUCCGGGUUAUAGAGUGAUCGGACAGUGGACAGAAUCGCUCCAGCUUAACAUGGAGGACAUGCAGUGGCCCAGUGGUGAUGUAGAAAUUCCUGGGUCCAUCUGCAGCCUACCGUGUAAAACUGGCCAAAGGAAGAAGACAGUAAAAGGGAUGCCUUGCUGCUGGCAUUGCGAGCCCUGUGACGGCUACCAGUACCAAUAUGAUGAAACAACGUGCAAGCUGUGCUCCUACAACAUGCGGCCCAAUGCCAACCGAACUGGGUGCCAGCCUAUCCCCAUCGUCAAGCUGGAGUGGCACUCUCCCUGGGCAGUCAUCCCUGUCUUCUUGGCAAUGCUUGGCAUCGUGGCCACCAUCUUCGUCAUGGCUACAUUCAUCCGCUACAACGACACACCCAUCGUGCGGGCUUCAGGACGGGAGCUCAGCUAUGUGCUCCUGACAGGGAUCUUCCUUUGCUACAUCAUAACCUUUGUGAUGAUUGCAAAACCUGAUGCAGCUGUCUGCUCCUUCAGACGCAUCUUCCUAGGCUUGGGGAUGUGCAUCAGCUAUGCCGCACUGCUAACCAAGACAAAUCGAAUUUACCGCAUCUUUGAAGAGGGGAAGAAGUCGGUGACACCACCUAGACUGAUCAGUCCAACAUCCCAGUUGGCAAUAACAUCAAGCUUAAUUUCAGUGCAGCUUCUAGGAGUCUUCAUAUGGUUUGGAGUGGAUCCGCCAAACACAAUAAUUGAUUAUGAUGAACAGAAAACCAUCAAUCCAGACAAGGCUCGGGGUGUGCUCAAAUGUGAUAUCACAGAUUUACAAAUAAUUUGCUCACUGGGAUACAGUAUUUUGCUCAUGGUCACAUGUACGGUUUAUGCCAUCAAGACACGAGGAGUUCCCGAGAACUUCAAUGAGGCCAAGCCCAUUGGCUUCACCAUGUACACCACCUGUAUCGUUUGGCUGGCCUUCAUUCCUAUUUUCUUUGGAACAGCUCAGUCUGCAGAGAAGCUGUACAUCCAGACCACCACACUGACCAUCUCCAUGAACCUGAGCGCCUCGGUGGCUCUGGGUAUGCUCUACAUGCCCAAGGUGUACGUGAUCAUCUUCCACCCGGAACUAAACGUCCAGAAACGCAAGCGCAGCUUCAAAGCAGUAGUGACGGCAGCCACCAUGUCAUCACGCCUCUCGCACAAACCCAGCGACCGGCCAAAUGGCGAGGCCAAGACAGAGCUGUGUGAAAGCGUCGACCCAAACAGUCCGGCUGCAAAGAAAAAGUAUGUGAGCUACAAUGACCUUGUGAUCUAAGGACCUCCAUAACCAGAGGGAAGCAAUCAGCGAGAAGACAUGGUCUUUUGCCAUUUUUUUGGCAAAAAAAAAUAGACCCCGGGUUGGAGGGAGGAAGGAUUUUUCUGUUUCUUUGGCGUACUGUGAGCUCACAUCUGAGCUUCACUGUACUGCACCCAUAGCACAGGAUAAUGGACGAUUUCGUGGGAUGUGAACAAGAGUAAAAGAUGGAGAACCACAAUCAAGAUGCUGAUUUCUUCCCCCACAAAAAAAUUGACAUUUAUUUAUUUUGAAUGUUCUUUUUGUUUGUUUUCCUUUUUUCUCACCAGAGGAGACCUAUUGAAUGGACAGAGAAUGAUGUAACAAGUAAUGGCACAAAUUUCAGCUCUCAGUUGAUCUGUACUGUACAAGGCAGCUCUGAGCUCUGGCCCUAAACAACCUGAACAACCUUCCUGAAGGCAUUUGUUGUUAUAAUUUCUGUAAUAAGCACUCUUAAGGACUCUAUGAGAGCACGGUGAAGGAUGGCAAGGCCCAGGGCUUUAAAAUGGACUUCCAAACUGCAACUUUUGCAAACUUCCACCGUGCAAGGUUGUGUAGUCCUUUAGCAUUCCUCUUACCUUUGAUGUUGGACGUUUUUGUUUUGCAGUUUUAAGUUUUCUUCUUUUUCCUUGCCUCUUGGAUGCACAUUAUAUUAAAGCCAUAUUCUUCUCAUUGAGAUUUUCCCCAA